AUGUUUCAUACAUACACGGAGCCAGUCACCUCAUACACGGAGCCAGUCACCUCAUACACGGAGCCAGUCACCUCAUACACGGAGCCAGUCACCUCAUACACGGAGCCAGUCACCUCAUACACGGAGCCAGUCACCUCAUACACGGAGCCAGUCACCUCAUACACGGAGCCAGUCACCUCAUACACGGAGCCAGUCACCUCAUACUCAUUGUUUCUUCACAUUCCUCUAGGUGCUUUUUGGAGAUCCAAAAAGGUCUGCAUGGGUACUGAGAACACAUCAGGGCCCCUACCAACCUCUCUACCUCCUAAACCCCCGUUUCCCUGCCGGGUUCCACCCAAACCCCAGCCCAGAAGGGAGCGAUGGACACUGUAACUGUCCCGAACAGGAACACCUGUACAGGUGAAGCAGGGGACCAUGGUCAGGAAAAGGGACAACUGACCAGGUACAAGUCUCUACCAACCCUCAUCAAUGGCCAGGGGACUCUAUUUAAUCUGAAGUUAUAAACUCUGGCUCUUUCAGGAUCCAAUCUGCAUCUUCACCGACACCAGCAGAGGAACAAGGGGCUUCCAUCAGGUUCACACCUGGUCCAAAGCUUGGUCUCAGAGUCAGACCGACACCAGCAGAGGAACAAGGGGCUUCCAUCAGGUUCACACCUGUUCCAGAGCUUGGUCUCAGAGUCAGACCGACACUUAACCCACAUGGCAGAGACUCAGGUAGGACCCUUCAUUUAUUACACUAAUAUGUCUUUAUUGUGAGAGCUCUGGUGAGUAAGACUUCCAGUGUAUUCAUUACAGACUGCGCAUAAACUUGACACUUACUAGUGAACACAGUACAUUGGCCUCUAAUACUUUGACAGAUACAGUAUCCUGACAGCUCUCUUGUUUCCAUAACAGGUCUGGUAGCAGGACAUAUGGAGGAGCCCGUAUGCUUACGUACCAACCCCGUCCACAGACUUCCUCCCCCCUGACAAGCCCCUCCCAACUUUAAAAAUAAACAGUAAUGUUCAGAGACUGGUCCACAUGAACACUGAGAACAGAAACAUUGGAUCCAUGGAGGUCUCAGCAGCUGAUCUGCAUUAUACACAGCUCCCAAGAGGCAGACAGGAGGGGCUGAACGCUGCUGAGACAGACGAGCUGAAGGCCAACUGA